AUGGAAUACACCGCGCCCUUUGUCGUACCAGGCUACGAGCCUUCACCCACGGGCGAACCCAAGACGCCGGAGGAGAGGCAACAGAUCCUGUUCCAGAUGAAGCAGAUGCGAUGGGUCCAGGCUGGGAUCGAGUCUCCGAUCGCCAAGGCGGGGAUCAGUGGUGCAAUGGGUGCGUGCUCGGAAUCUGACCUGAUGCUGAUACCGUAGGGAACAUUGACUUGUACUGACUCCUGCGUUUCCACUGGCUCUCAGGCUUCGGUAUCGGCGCCUUCUUCUCGCUGAUGGGCUCGUCGUUCACGCUCGAAGACCCGUUCCGAGCCGCGCAAUACGACGGCAUGAAGACCUCCGAAAAGGCCAAGAUCAUAUUCAAGGACAUGGGGAAGGGGAUGUGGAGGCAAGGGAAAGGGUUCGGUAUGGUCGGUGCUCUGUACGCAGGGACGGAGUGUGUCGUCGAAGGAGUGAGUCGGUCCUUGGAUUCUCGCGAAUGAACACCAAUUAGGGCAAGCGUUCGAGCUGACGUCGGAUGUGAUUCUUCCAGUACCGAGCAAAGAACGAUAUUUACAACGCCUUGUACGCCGGAGCCAUCUCGGGUGCCGUCUUGGGCCGGAAUUCGGGGCCGAGGGCUAUGGUCUUGGGCGGUAAGGUGUCCACAGAAUUUUGCAGUUCCCUGCCGACCUCGUAUACUAAUAACAUCUUCCCCGCGAUUACGAUCAGGUCUGGGUUUUGCCGCCUUCUCUGGCAUCAUCGAUCUUUACAUUCGGAAGGAGGUCGUCGAUGAAGAUGUGAGUCUCGCUUCUUCAGGACAUGCGUUGUAAACCCAAACUGAAACCAUUAACCGUUUUCUUUCUCCAGGCAUGA